AGAGACGAGAAGAGAGGAGGGGAGGCCUCCUCCGCCGCCGCCAUCUUGGACCGGGCCCGGUCAGCUUCCGCGGAGCCAUCGGCAGACGCCGCGGCCUCCCUUGAGCCCCGACCCCCGUCGUCAGAACAACCCCGGGCCCAUUCCCCCUACCCCACUUCCGCUCCGUGCCGCUAUCGCGAUAGCGCCCGGGCCCGGGGCGCGAGAAAAAGGCGGCGGGCGCUCGCCUCCCCCGCCUGUCGCGAUACGCUCCUCAGCGGCGGCGCCAGCUCCUGUGCGUCCGUUUCCAAGAGAGUAUGAAGAGAGUGCAUCUGUAAGGCAGGGAAGAUGGCGGACAAGCGCAAACUCCAAGGUGAGAUUGAUCGCUGCCUCAAGAAGGUGUCCGAGGGUGUGGAGCAGUUCGAAGAUAUUUGGCAGAAGCUCCACAAUGCAGCCAACGCGAACCAGAAAGAAAAGUAUGAGGCUGACCUAAAGAAGGAGAUUAAGAAGCUACAACGGCUGAGGGACCAGAUCAAGACAUGGGUAGCAUCCAAUGAGAUCAAGGACAAGAGGCAGCUCAUAGACAACCGCAAACUCAUUGAGACGCAAAUGGAACGGUUCAAAGUUGUGGAAAGAGAGACCAAAACCAAAGCUUAUAGCAAGGAGGGCCUGGGUCUGGCCCAGAAGGUGGACCCUGCCCAGAAGGAGAAGGAAGAGGUUGGCCAGUGGCUCACGAACACCAUUGACACCCUAAACAUGCAGGUGGACCAGUUUGAGAGUGAAGUGGAGUCACUUUCAGUGCAGACACGCAAGAAGAAAGGCGACAAGGAUAAGCAGGACCGGAUUGAGGGCUUGAAGCGGCACAUUGAGAAGCACCGCUACCACGUCCGCAUGCUGGAGACCAUCUUGCGCAUGCUGGACAAUGACUCCAUCCUUGUCGACGCCAUCCGCAAGAUCAAGGAUGAUGUGGAAUACUACGUCGACUCAUCCCAGGACCCUGACUUCGAAGAGAACGAGUUCCUCUACGACGACCUGGACCUCGAGGACAUUCCACAGGCGCUGGUCGCCACCUCCCCCCCUAGCCACAGCCACAUGGAGGAUGAGAUCUUCAACCAGUCCAGCAGCACACCCACCUCAACCACCUCUAGCUCUCCCAUCCCACCCAGCCCAGCUAACUGCACUACGGAGAACUCUGAAGAUGAUAAGAAGAGGGGACGUUCAACAGAUAGUGAAGUCAGCCAGUCUCCAGCCAAAAAUGGCUCCAAGCCUGUCCACAGCAACCAGCACCCCCAAUCCCCAGCUGUGCCGCCCACCUACCCCUCCGGCCCCCCACCUGCUGCCUCUGCCUUGAGUACCACCCCUGGCAACAAUGGGGCCUCCACCUCAGCAGCACCCCCAAGUGCCCUGGGCCCCAAGGCCAGUCCAGCUCCCAGCCACAAUUCGGGCACCCCUGCCCCAUAUGCUCAGGCUGUGGCUCCACCCACCGCCAGCGGACCCAGCACUGCCCAGCCCCGGCCCCCCAGUGCACAGCCAAGCGGGGCAGGUGGUGGAGGUGGCGGAGGAAGUGGCAGCAAUAGUAAUAGCGGCACAGGUGGAGGGGCUGGCAAGCAGAAUGGCGCCACCAGUUACAGCUCAGUAGUGGCAGACAGCCCUGCAGAGGUGGCCCUGAGCAGCAGUGGAGGCAACAACACUAGCAGCCAGGCCCUGGGGGCCACCUCAGGUUCCCACAACCCACCUCCUAGCACCUCAAAGGAACCCAGUGUGGCAGCCUCAACAGGGGCUGGGGGUGUGGCCCCAGGCUCAGGGAACAACUCAGGGGGACCCAGCCUCCUGGUGCCGCUGCCUGUGAAUCCCCCCAGCUCUCCAACACCUAACUUCAGUGAGGCCAAGGCAGCUGGUGCCCUGCUCAAUGGGCCUCCACAGUUCAGCACUGCCCCAGAGAUCAAGGCCCCUGAACCUCUGAGCUCCCUGAAGUCCAUGGCAGAGAGAGCAGCCAUCAGUUCUGGCAUUGAGGACCCUGUGCCAACGUUACACCUGACAGAACGAGACAUCAUCCUGAGCAGCACAUCAGCACCUCCUGCCUCAGCCCAGCCACCCUUGCAGCUGUCAGAAGUGAACAUACCACUGUCACUGGGUGUAUGUCCGCUGGGCCCAGUGCCCCUUACCAAGGAGCAGCUCUACCAGCAGGCCAUGGAAGAGGCCGCCUGGCACCACAUGCCCCACCCCUCUGACUCCGAGCGCAUCCGGCAGUACCUCCCCCGGAACCCCUGCCCAACGCCCCCCUACCACCACCAGAUGCCACCCCCGCACUCGGACACCGUGGAGUUCUACCAGCGCCUGUCAACUGAGACACUCUUCUUCAUCUUCUACUAUCUGGAGGGAACUAAGGCACAGUACCUGGCAGCCAAGGCCCUAAAGAAGCAGUCAUGGCGAUUUCACACCAAGUACAUGAUGUGGUUCCAGAGGCAUGAGGAGCCCAAGACCAUCACCGAUGAAUUUGAGCAGGGCACCUACAUCUACUUUGACUACGAGAAGUGGGGCCAGCGGAAGAAGGAAGGCUUCACCUUUGAGUACCGCUACCUGGAGGACCGGGACCUCCAGUGACACCGGCCCCCCUCUACCCGACCCCUCCCCCGCAUGCUGAUCCCCCUGCCCAGGUGAGGGCCCUGCCCUGGAAGACUGGGGGUGGCCCCAGGCCAUGAGGCACCCCUUCCCCCAGGAAGCAGGGAGGUGGCUGGGAGGUUUUCUCUUCCUCUCAGCCCCACCCUGGGGGCCCGGGGGCGAGGGCUGCCCCCUCCUCCUCUCCCCAGUGAGGGACAUUUUUUGGUAAACCUAUUUUCAUUUUGGAAAAUAUUUAUGAAUAAAUAGUUUUAUAUGACGGCUGGCAGCAGCAGCCUCUCCUGUA